AUGUCGCGACCCGAACACAUCGCCCCCCCAGAGGUGUUCUACAACCCUUUGGAGGCGCAAAAGUACACGUCCAACUCGCGCGUGCAAUCGAUCCAGGCCGAGAUGACCUAUCGUUGUUUGGAACUGUUGGAUCUGUAAGACCGCGCAUUCCACAAACAUCGAAGAAAGAUAGAACUUACCCGUUCUUCUUACGUUCAUAGUCCAACCGAAGAACACUUUGACGAGGAAGGCGAACCUUCCAGCGUUCCUACGCAGGCUUACUUGCUCGAUAUUGGAGCUGGAUCGGGGUUGUCGGGCGAAAUCUUGACGGAGGAGGGACAUCAUUGGGUUGGGAUGGAUGUCAGUGGGGGGAUGUUGGGUAAGUGCGAACUCGGGGUCUGAUCUUGGAGGAAGUGGACUGGACUUGUGGGAAAAGUCGGCGAGGAGGCGAGGUCAUACACAACCUCGGGCGAUCGGACUCGAUAGACAUUCGACUCAUCCAUUUCAUCCUUUCACCUCUCCCAGAGGUCGCUUUAGACCGAGAAGUCGAAGGGGACCUCUUCCUCGCCGACAUCGGUCAAGGAAUUCCCUUCCGACCCGCUUCCUUCGACGGCGCGAUCUCGUAUGUCCUGCCUCAUCCACCCCAACACCUCCCCUACGAACCCAACCUAACUUCCUCCUUCCCUUCCCCAGCGUCUCCGUCCUGCAAUGGCUCUGCAACGCCGACGCAACAUCCCAUUCCCCUUCCCAACGUCUCCUCCGCUUCUUCACCGACCUUUUCGGGUGUCUCAAGAAAGGUGCUCGAGCCGUAUUUCAAUUCUACCCCGAGUCGGACGAGCAGGCGAGCUUUAUUAUGGGGUAUGCGACAAAGGCUGGGUUCGGAGGAGGACUUUGUGUGGAUUACGUGAGUGCGAGCAAAGUGCUUUGUAGGACAAUAAACGAAAAGACUACGUCGCUGAUCCUCGAUCACAUCCCCAUCUCUUUAUCAAAUACAGCCCAACUCGUCCAAAAAGUCGGUACAGCCCCUCAAGACUCACAACUUAUGUCAAUACGGAUGCCUGAGACUGACCCCGUCCACCCUUGCGCCUCCUCACAGGAAGAAAUUCUACCUCAUCCUCUUCGCAGGCCAACCCCUCUCCGGACCGAAACCGGCGAUGCCCGAACCCCUAACAGACGAAAACCCCUCCCGCGUGGGUUUCGAACAACAACGUCAACGCCUCAAGAUCAAGUCCCGUGGGAAGGGGAAGAAGGGAGGUGUGGUGAAGGAUUUGGAUUGGAUCUUGCGGAAGAAGGAGCUGUACCGCAAACGAGGCAAGGCGGACGUACCGAGGGAUUCAAAGUAUACGGCUAGGAAAAGGAAGGUUAGGUUUUGA